AUAAUAUUAUAUAACAUUUCUGCCAAUAUAUCCUCCUAAAUGUUACACAAAGGUCAACGAAGUCAUGUGAUUUUCUGUAGACAAGAGAAAGAAAGUUUAAACUGCAGUACUAAUAAGGAAACAGAAAGUCCCUCGUUUGAGAUAUUUAGAUAUGUAUUUAGAAAUAAUGACAUUUAGCCUUUCAGUACACAGUGAUACGCUUACUGAUAGAGGACUGAAAUUAAAGCAGAAAAGAAUACAAUGGAAAACUAAAGAAACCCCCUAUAAUAGACUUUUAAGAUCAAUUUAAAAAUUGUUUUGAAGAUGAUCAAAUCAGAGGAUCAAUCAAACUUAUUGGCGGAGCCUCUUUUAUUGUCUGAGCUUUAUUUUCUGUAGUAGGAGAAGGCUGACAGCGGACAGUGAAACAAACGAAAGUAAGACAGUGUUACACAGCUUACUGCUUUCAUUACCCGAUGGUGCAGUCCAGCAUCGCACAUGAAAACAUAAACAAGUUGGAAGAAAGAUGGGAGAUGAAGAAGAUUCUAACCCCAGGAAAAGAUGCCGAGAUGAGAUCACAAAGGCAGACGAGGAGGAACAAACAGCUGCUAAGAAGCCCUGUGUGACCACUUCAGAAGGUCUGACAGACGAUGCAGCUGAACGACAUGAAACCAGUAACGUGGACAAACUGGGUGAAGAACAACUCACCAGGAAGGAAGAAGAAAGUAUCAGUGAAGAAGAUGAGGGAGAGAUGAGAAAAGAUCAGGAGAGAGAUACACUCAGUCUUCAGGCUAGAGAAGAGGAGGGUGAGACAGAAAGUGUAAAUGAAGACACAUCAGUCAGAGAAACAAUUAAUGACAGAAACAUCAACACUGGUGUCAAAUGUGCAACACUGAGCAAAGUAAAAACUGGAGAUAAAGAAGUACAGGAAACUCUGUUCAUGAAUGAAGACAGUACACGUUCCAGCAGCACAGAAGAAAACACAAAUGACAAGUCUGAAGAGUUGAAGGAAACUAAAGUAGAUGAUGCUCCUGUAAAUGUUGAAGAACAGGUGAAACACUCCAGUGACCAACAUCUGGAUAAAGAGACAAAGACAGAGAAGCAGAAACAAACAGAGUGUCAGAAACCUGCUGAAACCAAUUCAGAAGAUCUGACAGACAAGGUGAAAGAAGAACAGGGUGAAGAUAUUGGUCUGGAAGAACAGAAAGGAGAGGAACUGGAAAACGAAAAUGUCAGCAAAAGAGACACUGAUGAUGAAGAAAACACACAGAUUGGACAUAGUGAAGAAGAUGAUGGACAGAUGGGAAAAGAUCAGGAGAAAGAUACACUCAGUCUUCAGGCUGGAGGAGAGGAGGGUGAUGAAGAAAGUGUAAAGAAAGACACAUCAGUCAGAGAAACAAGUUAUUACAGAAACACAAACAGUGACGAGGACUGUGAAAAACAAAAAUUGCUAAACAGUGAAGAUGAAGAAGUACAGGAAAAUCUAAAAAGCAUAGAUGAUGCUCCUGUAAAUGUUGGAAAACAGAAACGCUCCAGUAAAAAGACAAACACAGUGAAGCAGAAACAAAGAGCAAUUCAGCCACAGAGAGUUCAUUAUGGUCUGCAUAACCAGGGAGCCACAUGUUACCUCAACAGUGUUCUGCAAGUUCUCUUCAUGACUCCAGAGGUCCAUGACAGGUUUCAUUCAGAAUUAGAGACAGAGCUGAACAGAGUCUUUGCUGGCCUGAAGAAAAGAACAUGUGGAACAGAAAAUAUCACAAGGAUUUUGAAGAUUAAAAAUGUUUAUGAGCAAGGUGAUGCUGCUGAAUGCCUGGAGUUGAUUUUAAAUAAGAUCAGCCAACAAGACUCUAAGGAAAUACAAGGACGUCUGAUGUAUACAACAAAAUGCUCUGAAGGCCACAUCAUCAAUAAAGAGACAAGUUUAUUCUGGACUCUUCCACUGUCUCUUCCACUGUCUCUGAAAGAUAACCAUGAUACAACCUACAGUGUGGAAAGAAGCUUUGAAAGGAUUUUCCAGACAAAAAUAUUUAAUGGAGACAACAAAGUUCACUGCAACGAAUGUAACUACAAAACAGAGGCAACAAAGGAAUGUGAGAUGGAGAAAUAUCCUCCAAUUUUGACAGUACUUCUGAAGAGAUUUGACUUUGACUACAGGAGGAUGUCACAUUUCAAAUCAGACUGCUGUGUGGAUGUACCUCUUGAAUUAAAGAGAAAGAAUCAAACGUACAAACUGUAUGGGAUGGUGAAACACAUGGGCAGUCUAACAGGUGGACAUUACACAGCCACCAUCCUGUCCGAUGAGGAUGAAACCUGGUAUGAGUGUAGUGAUACUUACGUCAGGAAGGUUGAACAGCUGUUUGAAAAAGAAACUUACAAAUCCAGGACUGUAUAUCUGCUCAUGUACAGAGUGUGUCAGAAACCUGCUGAAACCAAUUCAGAAGAUCUGACAGACAAGGUGAAAGAAGAACAGGGUGAAGAUAUUGGUCUGGAAGAACAGAAAGGAGAGGAACUGGAAAACAAAAAUGUCAGCAAAAGAGACACUGAUGAUGAAGAAAACACACAGAUUGGACAUAGUGAAGAAGAUGAUGGACAGAUGGGAAAAGAUCAGGAGAAAGAUACACUCAGUCUUCAGGCUGGAGGAGAGGAGGGUGAUGAAGAAAGUGUAAAGAAAGACACAUCAGUCAGAGAAACAAGUUAUUACAGAAACACAAACAGUGACGAGGACUGUGAAAAACAAAAAUUGCUAAACAGUGAAGAUGAAGAAGUACAGGAAAAUCUAAAAAGCAUGGGGUCUACCUUUGAUGGAAAAAGUGCGAACCAGUCGUACUCGAUGAAGAGUUCAGGAGACCACGAUGACAGCAGAUUUAAUUGCUCGGCCGAGGAGAAAGAGACACAGUGCAUUCUUCAGGUUAGAGGAGAGCAGGGUGAGAAGAAAGACACAUCAGACAGAGAAACAAUUAAUGACAGAAACAACAACACUGGUGUCAAAUGUGCAACACUGAGCAAAGUAAAAACCAGUGGAGAUAAAGAAGUACAGGACAAUGGGUUUAUAAAUGAGGACAGUUCACAUUCCAGCAGCACAGAGGAAAACACAAAUGAGAAGUCUGAAGAGUUGAAGGAAACUAAAGUAGAUGAUGCUCCUGUAAAUGUUGAAGAACAGGUGAAACACUCCAGUGACCAACAUCUGGAUAAAGAGACAAAGACAGAGAAGCAGAAACAAACAGAGUGUCAGAAACCUGUUGAAACCAAUUCAGAAGAUCUGACAGACAAGGUGAAAGAAGAACAGGGUGAAGUAAUUGGUCUGGAAGAACAGAAAGGAGAGGAACUGGAAAACAAAAAUGUCUGCAAAAGAGACACUGAUGAUGAAGACAACACACAGAUGGGACAUAGUGAAGAAGAUGAGGGACAGAUGCGAAAAGAUCAAGAGAAACAUGCACUCAGUCUUCAGGCUAGAGGAGAGGAGGGUGAUGAAGAAAGUGUAAAGAAAGACACAUCAGUCAGAGAAACAAUUAAUGACAGACACAUGAGCACGGAUGAGGACUGUGAAAAACAGAAUAAACUGAUAAAUAGUGAAGAUGAAGUAGUACAGGAAACUCUGUUCGUGAAUGAAGACAAUACACAUUCCAGCAGCACAGAAGAAAACACAAAUGACAAGUCUGAAGAGUUGAAGGAAACUAAAGUAGAUGAUGCUCCUGUAAAUGUUGGAGAACAGUUGAAUAACUCCAGUGAACAACAUCUGAAUGAAGAGACAAAGACAGAGAAGCAGAAACAAACAGAGUGUCAGAAACCUGCUGAAACCAAUUCAGAAGAUCUGACAGACAAGGUGAAAGAAGAACAGGGUGAAGAUAUUGGUCUGGAAGAACAGAAAGGAGAGGAACUGGAAAACAAAAAUGUCAGCAAAAGAGACACUGAUGAUGAAGAAAACACACAGAUUGGACAUAGUGAAGAAGAUGAUGGACAGAUGGGAAAAGAUCAGGAGAAAGAUACACUCAGUCUUCAGGCUGGAGGAGAGGAGGGUGAUGAAGAAAGUGUAAAGAAAGACACAUCAGUCAGAGAAACAAGUUAUUACAGAAACACAAACAGUGACAAGGACUGUGAAAAACAAAAAUUGCUAAACAGUGAAGAUGAAGAAGUACAGGAAAAUCUAAAAAGCAUGGGGUCUACCUUUGAUGGAAAAAGUGCGAACCAGUCGUACUCGAUGAAGAGUUCAGGAGACCACGAUGACAGCAGAUUUAAUUGCUCGGCCGAGGAGAACGAGACACAGUGCAUUCUUCAGGUUAGAGGAGAGCAGGGUGAGAAGAAAGACACAUCAGACAGAGAAACAAUUAAUGACAGAAACAUCAACACUGGUGUCAAAUGUGCAACACUGAGCAAAGUAAAAACCAGUGGAGAUAAAGAAGUACAGGACAAUGGGUUUAUAAAUGAGGACAGUUCACAUUCCAGCAGCACAGAAGAAAACACAAAUGAGAAGUCUGAAGAGUUGAAGGAAACUAAAGUAGAUGAUGCUCCUGUAAAUGUUGAAGAACAGGUUAAAUAUUCCAGUGACCAACAUCUGGAUGAAGAGACAAAGACAGAGAGGCAGAAACAAACAGAGUGUCAGAAACCUGCUGAAACCAGUUCAGAAGAUCUGAAAGACGAGGUGAAAGAAGAACAGGGUGAAGAUAUUGGUCUGGAAGAACAGAAAGGAGAGGAAGGUGAAAACAACAAUGUCAGCAAAAGAGACACUGAUGAUGAAGACAACACACAGAUGGGACAUAGUGAAGAAGAUGCACUCGGUCUUCAGGCUAGAGGAGAGGAGGGUGAUGCAGAAAGUAUAAAGAAAGACACAUCAGUCAGAGAAACAAGUUGCUACAGAAACACGAAAAGUGACGAGGACCGGGAAAAACAAAAAUUGCUUAACAGUGAAGAUGAAAUACAGGAAAAUCUAAACAGCAUGGGGUCUACUCAUGGUGGAAAGAGUGUGAGCCAGGGUGAGACAGAAAGAGGUAGCCCUUGCUGUAAUAUCUGGAGUUCCCUCCCGAACUUUUUGUGCUUUAAGAGGAGCUCAACUGCAGAGACAUGAAAUGCAGGCAAAAUUAUUGAUAUUUAAUCAGCCUUUUAAUUAGCAUCAUCCAUCAACCCCGUAAUGUAUAAACUAUUGAUUCCUUAAAUGCAGCAUAUUGAUUUUUGCCUUUUCUGUCCACAAAGCAACAGCUGUCUUAUUUAUAAAAUAAGACAUAUACUCUGUUCCUAUAGUGACGUCAGAUAGAAAUAUAUAACGCUUGUUGAUUAAUAAUAUAUUAUAUGAAUAAUUUGAGCUUUUGCCUUUCUUCUUGUAUUUUUCAUGAAUGACAGGAAGUUGAACACACAGUUAUAUAAAAACAGCUCAUGUUAUUCACAGAAAAAGAGCCAACACAGUAUGUGAUGGAACAACAGAUAUAUGAGAAGCUGCCUUGGCCAAAUCUGAAUACUUCAUUUGUACAGACAUAUAUACUGGCAGUAAGCACAUAUAUGCAUACUAUUAUGCAUACAUAUACAUACUUAAACACACACAUACAGAAUGUGAGAAUGUGUGAGUAUGUGCACCGAACAGUCAUAACAUUAUGAGCACUGACAGGUGAAGUAAAUAACACUGAUUAUCUGGUUAUCAUGGCUCCUGUCAGUGGGCGGGAUAUAUCAGGCAGCAAGUGAACAUUUUGUCCUCAGAGUUGAUGUGUUAUAAGCAGGAAAAAUGGGCAGUGUGAGGAUUUGAGCAACUUUGUUAAGGGCCAAACUGUGAUGAUUAGAUGACUGGGUCAGAGCCUCUCUAAAACUGCAGCUCUUGUGGGAUGUUCCCGGUCUGCAGAGGUCAGUACCUAUUAAACGUGGUCCAAGGAAGGAAAAGUGGUGAACUAGCGACUGGGUCAUGGGGGGGCAAGGCUCACUGAUGCAAGUGGUCAGGUGGUCAUAAUGUUAUGGCUGAUCGGUGUAUGUGUAUACUUGGGUAUGUAUAUGUGUGCUUGAGUAUUUAUACCAAAAGCCAAAGUACUCUAGCUCAGCUCAAUGAGCGGUAGUAUGUGGUUAUAUGGGUCUGAGUGGCUGUAUUUCUUACUUCAGUAGUUUUACAUUACAUUACCGUGCUGAUUUAUUUUGUUUAACAUCAGCCUGUCAGGACAUUCACAGUUUUCCUGAUUGUGUUCCUGCUAAAUACUCUGUUUAUGACUUAUGUAAAUGUUUUGUAAUAUUCUGAACUCUUUAAAUCUUGCCCCUGACAUUUAUCCCCUAUAUUAUAAUGAACACUGAAAACAAUAAAAACUCAACUGAAACGACUUUUGAAACUGACUGGAAAAAAAAGUGAAACUACAGACCAACCUGAGGCUGUUUGUGCUCCUUUAUGGGAAUCCCGGGUAAAACAUUGUUUAUAUCUGAUUUAACUGUAGGAAAACACUGACACAAACCACGUGAUCCUGUCUCUCUCUCAGCUGUAAUUUCACUUUCACUUUAAUUGAAAGCAUUGUAGGUUUAUUUAUUCAUUUCAUUUCUGUUUUCCAGUGCUUGAAAUAUCUUAUUAUCUUUGUCUACUUGUUUUACUUGUGAGUGGAAAUUAUUUUCAUAGCAUCACUUUUGCAUAUUAGUGUAAUUCCCUCAUUUGUUUCAUUCUAUGUAUCUGUUGCUCUCAGUAUGCUCUGUGUGGGUGUGAAUGAAUCUGACUCUAUCAAGUGGUUCAAAUA